GACCGCCUCCUCUGUGGGGGUGGGGCCCACCAGCCCCAACUUUCUCCUCUUCUCAUAUGGCUUUCCCCCCCUUAUUUAACCACGCCCAUUCUCCUUCCUUUUCUCCCCAUCCCUUUCCCCAAAUCUCUCAUCGCCGGCCAUACUUCUUUUUCUCCCCUGUCUUCGAUCUUCUUGAUUUCAUAGGCUUUCAUGGCGGUGAAAAGCAAAGAAGACGGCGCCCGGAAAUCGUACGGCGGCGGUACGGGAAUGCACUACCGAGGGGUGCGGAAGAGGCCGUGGGGCCGAUUCGCCGCGGAGAUCCGCGAUCCAUACAAGAAGAGCCGCGUUUGGCUAGGCACAUUCGACACCGCCGAGGAGGCGGCGAGGGCGUACGACGCCGCCGCCAUGAAGUUCCGUGGGCCCAAGGCCAAGACAAACUUCCCGUUUCUUUCGGAGAACCGCAGCCCUAGCCAGAGCAGCACCGUCGAGUCCUCCGGAUGCGAGAGUGGCGGCCACGCGCCGCGCCUCGCCGUGGAGUUGGAUCUGACGCGCCGUCUCGGUUCGGCGAACGGCGAAGGGUGCUCCGCCUCUGAGGCCAGAUCCGUGAGCAACGCGUACCAGUUCUUCCACCCUCAGCCGGCCGUGGCGGUUCUGCCCAACGGACAGCCGGUUUUGUUGUUCGAGACACUCUGGCGCCCUGGCCGGCCCCACCCUGCCGAUCCGUCUAUAGGCGGAGUUUACAGCGACCCGAGCGCCCACUCGGCGGCGCAAACGAGCCUCUCACGUAGCGGCACGGUGGAGAAAGGCCUUAAUCUGGAUCUGAACCUUGGCCCGCCAGGGGAGAUUUGAUCGGAGCGGACGCAGUAAUUGGGCAAUUUCUGUAUAUAAACGAGUAAAAAAUACGCCGCCGCCGGGAGUGUUUGGUUCCCUUUUUUUUCCUUUUACUUUUUUUACAGCGGAUGAAGGAAUUGAUUCCGAUUGCUGUUCCUAAGGAAUUUCAAGUUGUGUAAUUCGUUUCCUAUGCAUGAUUCAUGGAAAAAUCCUUAGAAAGAUUUUCUGAUUCUAAUUGUCUGUUCUUAUUGCUACGCCGGAAUCUAAGAAACCCAGGUGCCCGAUCUUAUUUUGUCACUGAUGAGCCGCCGUCGGAUGGUGGUGCCGCCGGUGGAUCAUUAGAUCUGGUUUGGUACAUGAUUUGGGAAGCAAUGGUGGGCCUAAUUGGAUGGGGGAGUGGGUGAUGCAUUGGCACCCACUCAAAUUAAUGGUCCAAUUACAACACAAUUGGUCAAAGAAGACUUUGUUUUCCUUAUCUUGGAUUUUUAAAAAGUAAAAUUAAAUUUGUAGUGUGAUA